AUGGGGGCUGCCGUGACUCACGCAAUCAGGAAUUUCAAUCUAGAGAACCGGGUGGAACGGGAAAUCAGCAGGAUGAAGCCCUCCCCCGCUCCCAGGCACCCAUGCACCAAGAACCUCCUGCGAGAGCAGAUGAGCAGCCAUCCACAAAUUAAGGGAGAAAUAGCUAGAAAAGAUGACAAACUGCUGUCAUUACUAAAAGAUGUAUAUGUUGAUUCCACAGAUCCUGUGUCUUCUGUGCAGGUAAAGGAUGCUGGAACCCGUCAGAAGCCAAAGGUGUUCAGGUUGCCAAAAGACCAUCACUCUGACAUGAUGAAUGUUAAGAACAUUCCCAAAGGCAAAAUUUCCAUUUUAGAGGCACUGACACUUCUUAAUAAUCAUAAACUUUAUCCAGAUACAUGGACUGCUGAGAAAACAGCCGAAAAAUACCAUCUAGAACAGCAAGAGGUAAAUUCCCUUCUCAAAUAUUUCGUUACUUUUGAAGUCAAAAUCUUACCCCCUGAAGACAAGAAAGCAAUACAAUCAAAAUGA